UAAAUUUGCAUUGUGUCCUACCCUGCCCUGACGCUAGUUGAGAAAAUAAACCUGCCCUUUCUCCCCCAGCUUCCCAGUUUCCCUGAGGUGCCAGGUGAUGAUCUGCAAAAGCAUUGUCUGGCCCUAAGGGCCUGACAGUUAAUGAUUUGUCGCACGAGCCAGGCGGAGGAGCGCGGGGACGCGAGCGAGCAGGCGAGCGAGCGCAGCAGGAGAGCUAGGCAGGGCGCGGGCCGAGUCCGCGCUGUCCUCACAGGCGCCGCCUCCUGUCUUCCGGGCCGGGGCACUUCGCGGGGUUCCGGGCACGCGAGUCUCGUAGGGACCCCAUGGAGGCCGAGUCGCCGGCGAGUGAGGGGGUCACGGAGCCCCAGGCGCUGGGCGCUAUGGGCACGAUCGGCAGUCUACUGAGCAGGAUCCGAGGCAAACUCUUCACCUGUGUGGAUUUUCAACUGUGUACCACAAUGGGAAAUUGUUCUGUAGACCAAGCUGGCCUCGAAUUCACAGAUCUUCCUAUCUGCCUCCUGAAUGCUGGAAUUAGAGGUGAGCACCACUGCACCCAGCCUAAAAGGGAUAUUUUGAAAACCAUAGCUCUAGGCCAGAUGCUGUCCUUGUGUAUAUGUGGCACAGCCAUCACCAGCCAGUAUUUGGCGGAAAAGUACAAAGUGAACACUCCCAUGCUUCAGAGCUUCAUCAACUACUGCCUGCUGUUCCUGAUUUACACAGUGAUGCUAGCAUUUCAGUCAGGCAGUGAUAACCUUCUAGAGAUAUUGAGAAGAAAAUGGUGGAAAUACACUCUCCUGGGGCUUGCCGACGUGGAAGCCAAUUAUCUGAUUGUCAGAGCAUACCAGUACACGACUCUGACCAGUGUCCAGCUCCUGGAUUGCUUUGGGAUUCCCGUGUUGAUGGCUCUCUCCUGGUUUAUUCUCCGUGCAAGAUACAAAGUGAUCCACUUCAUUGCCGUGUUUGUCUGCCUGCUGGGUGUAGGGACGAUGGUUGGUGCAGAUAUAUUAGCAGGGAGAGAAGACAAUUCAGGGAGUGAUGUUCUGAUCGGUGACAUCUUGGUCCUGCUUGGGGCAUCCCUGUAUGCUGUGUCUAAUGUGUGUGAAGAAUACAUCGUGAAGAAGCUGAGCAGACAGGAGUUUUUAGGAAUGGUGGGCCUAUUUGGAACAAUUAUCAGUGGCAUUCAGCUAUUGAUUGUGGAAUAUAAGGACAUUGCCAGGAUUCACUGGGACUGGAGAAUUGCGCUGCUGUUUGUGGCGUUUGCCCUCUGCAUGUUUUGCCUGUACAGCUUCAUGCCGCUGGUGAUUAAGGUCACCAGUGCCACUUCUGUCAACCUGGGCAUCCUGACAGCUGACCUCUACAGCCUUUUCUUUGGCCUUUUUCUGUUCGAGUAUAAGUUUUCAGGGCUCUACAUCCUGUCAUUCACAGUCAUCAUGGUAGGCUUCAUCUUGUACUGUUCCACCCCAACACGCACAGCAGAGCCGUCAGAAAGCAGUGUGCCCCCUGUCACCAACAUCGGGAUCGACAACUUGGGACUGAAGCUUGAGGAGAGCGGUGUCUCAGAGACCCACUCUGCAGUCUUGUAGUUGGACAAGCCACAGAUUCCCAUGUGUCACCAGAGGAGAGCAGAGCCUGACACUGCCAAGGACGUAUCUGAGGAGACAUCAGCCCCAGAGUGAAUACCCUCUGAGUCGGAUUGCAUCUGUGGUUAGAUUUUAGAAAGGGCCACUGAACAAUGGUUCCAAACUAGAAAUACCAAAGUAGAGCAGACCCAAGGGUAGUGUUUCUGUGUGUUGAGUACCAGUACCUGUCAGUGUCAGAAAGACAUGUGCAGGCCCCUCGCUGGGGUCUCAGGAACACAUGUAGGAAGGGAAGGAAGGAUGGGGGACCUAGCCUCAGGGCUGUUCAGGCAGUUAGAGUUGAGACAAUCUGGGAUGGUUGUGUAGGCAGAUUCCUCUGUUGGAAGCUUCAGGAUUUUGUUCUUCGGGAGCAGUCACUACCCAUGGGCCUUACGGAAUGUAGAGACCCAUGAUGCCUGGUCCCUGAUGGCAUGUGGUAGGGAAGGUGGGUGGGGCAGCAUUUGAGAACUCCCAGGAUAAAAUGGGACUACAUUGAAAGCAGCUAACAAGUGCAAGAGUCCAGGAAUCCUCUCCUGAUUGUGUUCUUUUAUCUUUUAUAACGAAUCUCUCUCCUCCAUAUCAUCUCUUACUCCUCGACAGGCCUGUUUGCUCCUGUGUUCCGAGUUCCAGAGCAAACCGCUCCCAGAGCCUGUUACUCUGCUCAUCCCUCACCUUCAGCCCCACACCAUAGUCCGAGUUCUCCAAGUAAAUCCACUCCUGUCACAUCCCAGAUGCCCAGGAAGAUUCCCGUUGACCUCAUCUCACUAAGCCACAGACAGUUUAGAAAGUUAACCCGAGUUGCAAGUUCUCACAGCAAGAUAUCCCUGGCUGAAAAAUGUAGGAUCAUUAAAACAAAAAUACCAUGUUCAUCAUUUUCCAGGAUGAAUGUGUGCUGGAGUCCUGGAAUCUAGACUGUAAGAGGACAGUGUCUUCCUUCUUCCCACAGGUUUACAUUGCUCCAAGGUUUCUGACAGCUCCUCAGUACAGUGUCAACAUGUAGCCUCAGCGUAAUGUCAGCCACCAGAAUGCCAUCUUCAGAAAACCAUGUAAAUUUUUUUGUAUAAUUAUAAUAAAGGAACUUGGGGUAAGUGUUCAUAUUAUUAAAAGACUUUGAACUCAUGGAAA